AUGGAAGACAUUCGGAUGGCUUGUAGACUUUUAUCUCCAAAAGCUUUUAUGGGUACUAUCGACGUUAAAGAUGCCUACUUCCUAGUACCUGUACAUAAAAGCCAUCGUAAAUAUCUUCGUUUUUUGUUUCGUAAUUGUCUAUACGAGUUUACAUGUCUUCCAUUCGGGUUGAACCAGGCUCCAUACAUCUUCACGAAGAUUAUGAAGCCUGUAGUGAACUUUUUAAGAUCCCACAAUUUCUUAUCGGUUAUUUACUUGGAUGAUAUCCUCUGCUUCGGAAAUAAUUUUGAUUCGUGUAAGAGAAACCUAGAAUCAACAGUCGCAGUGCUCGAGUCUCUCGGGUUUGUCUUGAACCUACGAAAAAGUAGUUUAAUCCCAAACACCUCUUGCAAGUUUCUGGGUUUUAUUUUGAAUUCGACGAACCUUACUCUGAGCCUGACCCCCAACAAGCGUGAAAUCUUAAGAAAGCUGGUCCAAUCAUUUCAGAAAAAGAAUUUCUGUAGGAUUCGAGACUUCGCUAAACUGAUAGGUAGCUUAGUAGCUGCUUGUCCAGCAGUGGAAUAUGGUACCCUCUACUGUAGAUCACUAGAGACAGCAGAAAUACAAGCCCUUGAUGUCAAUAACAAUAACUUUGAAGCACGUAUGGUGCUUCCAGUCUCCAUCUCACAAGACCUCGAGUGGUGGCAACAACAGUUACCAUCCGCAUCUAGAAAAAUAAGGUCCGGGAAUUACGUAAGAGAAAUUUUCUCUGACGUAUCACCAACAGGCUGGGGCGCUUUUUGUGAGGGAAAUCGCGCUCAUGGUCUAUGGAAACGAGAAGAACAGAGUCUACAUAUCAACACACUCGAAAUAAUGGUGGCUGGUAUAGCUCUAAGGUGCUUCGCGUCUGACCUAAUUGACUGUGAAAUACUUCUUAGAGUAGAUAAUUCAACAGCAAAAGCUUACAUUAAUAAACUAGGGGGUACGCGCUUCUCACAUCUCCAUAAUCUUGCUAAAGACAUUUGGAGGUGGUGUGAGGAGAGACAGAUCUGGGUUCACGCUGCUUACAUCCCCUCACGUGAUAACUCCGAAGCAGACCAUGAAUCGCGUAUAACCAACGUCGAUACCGAAUGGGAGUUGGCAGAUUAUGCUUACAAAGAUAUAGUUAAGCGUUUUGGCCAACCAUUAAUAGACCUCUUUGCAUCGCGAGCGAAUGCAAAAUGUGCGGCUUAUUGCGCAUGGGAGCGGGAUCCAGAUGCAGUGGCGAUCGAUGCACUUACCAUCAAAUGGAGUGAUCUGGAGUUCUUCGCCUUCCCCCGUUUCGCCAUAAUGGCGAAACAAUCAACACCACCCGCUUGCAGCAAAACUUUCCCUGGUUGCAGGGAAGUUAUCAGGGAAGCUUACGUAAGACGAAAUCUUCCUGCCGAGUCCCUGGAUAUCCUAAUUGCGUCUUUGACCAGCUCAACACUACAGCAAUACAACUCAGCUCUUAGAGACUGGUGGACUUUUUCCCAGCAAAAAUCUCGGGAUCCUUUUGCAACAAGUGCAACCGCAGUCUUGGAGUUCUUAACAUACAAGUUUAACUCUGGGGCAUCGUAUGGGACUCUAAACUCAACAAGAUCUGCAAUCUCGCUUAUUUCCUCUGAAUACCUAUCGGGAAAUGCUUAUAUAUCCCGAUUUCUUAAAGGCGUGUUCAAGUUAAGACCAUGUAAACCAAAAUAUGAAUCCACAUGGGACACAGCGCCAGUCUUAGAGGAACUCGCAAAGCAACAUCCACUCGAAACUCUGGAUCUCCAAGCUCUAACAAACAAGACAAUCUUGCUCUUAGCUCUCUGUACUGCACACAGAUCCCGAACCUUCUCUCUCAUAUCUAUCGACAACUUGACAACCACACCCGCAGGAAUCGAGAUAAAAAUCCCAGAGCAAAUAAAAACCUCUAGACCUGGAGCCUUCCAGCCUCUUCUAAUUCUGCCAUUUUUCAAGGAAAAGCCUGAGCUGUGUGCAGCUAGUGCAAUAAUCAGAUAUUUAAAGGUAACUAAAGCACUAAGAGGAGAGGAGAAAAAAUUAUUCAUCUCAAUUCGGAAGCCUUAUAAGGCAGUGUCAAGCCAGACGAUUGGUAAAUGGAUUAAAUCCAUGCUUGCUGAGUGCGGAGUGGAUGAAAGAUUCACUGGUCAUAGUGUACGUCACGCUGCCACAUCAAAGGCUGCGAGCAAGGGGAUUAGCAUCGAAACAAUUAGGAAAACAGCUGGCUGGUCUCAAAAUUCUCAGGUGUUUGCUAAGUUUUAUCAGAGACCAAUAAGCCAAGCAGCCUCUAACUUUGCAGUCGCAGUUCUGUCGGAAUGA